GGUUUAGCAUUGAACAAGGCCCCAAACAAUAAACGGCUCCUCUCCCCCCAGGAACAAACCAAUCAUCCAUCCAUCGCGAUCGUUGUCGUCGUCGUCAAUCGGGUGCCUGAUGAGUGCGCCUUAGUCAGGUCGUUCAGCUGGUCGAUCGGUUUGGUUGGUCGGUCGGUCGGCGUGAGUUUGGUGGUCAGCCUUGCAGGGAAAUGCGUUACAGUCUUAGCUGAUGCUUGCUCGCGUGCGGAUGUUCGCAGAAAACGAAAGUUGUUUGUCGUAGGUUGUUGCUCAAUUGUUGUACUAGUGCGGACCUAAGGAAGAAGUGCUGAGCUGUGCGCGUGUCGGCAAGAAUUUGCACUUGGCAAUAAAUCACGGCGGGCGAUCGGUUUCGAGUGUGCUUUGAGUGAUUGGAAGUGUUGGACUUGGGACGUGGUUCUGCUGCCGGACUAGCUGUUGGACGUCAGGGCAGGAUGACGAGCUACGUGGUGUCAUUUUCCAGCCAAUAUGAGAACAUCACCAAGGGAGCAGAUCCCAUCAUCGACAACUGGUUCCUGAUGAGCAAUCCGGUUCCGGUGCUGUCCAUUGCCGCCUGCUACCUUCUCUUUGUCCUCCACUACGGUCCCCGGUGGAUGGAAAACCGGAAGCCUUUCGUGCUCAAGAACACCCUCAUCGCGUACAACGCCGCUCAGGUCGUCUUCUCGACGCUUCUCUGCGUGCAGCCUUUCUUCAUCGGCGGUUUGCAUCGAGCGCUGAACGUUUCCUGCAAUGCCAACGCGGUCGUGGACCGUGAUCUUCAGCUGACGAUUUGGAAUGGCACCUGGUGGUACAUGGUGCUGAAACAUGUCGAACUGAUGGAUACGGUGUUCUUCGUACUACGCAAGAAGCAGAACCAGGUGUCAUUCCUGCACGUCUAUCAUCACACGAUUAUGGCUGUGUUCACCUGGGGCUAUCUCAAAUAUUUGCCAGGCGUCCAAGGAGCUUUUCUCGGAAUCCUCAACUCGUUCGUGCACAUCAUCAUGUACACGUACUAUCUGAUAGCGGCCAUGGGACCCCGCUACCACAAGUACCUCUGGUGGAAGAAGUACAUGACGACGAUCCAGUUGACGCAGUUCGGCAUCAUGCUGGUCUAUCUGUUUCUCAUCAUCAGCUUCCAGUGCAGCGUGCCCCGAUCGCUGACGUUCUUCUUCGUAAUCAACGUAACGAUAUUCCUGUUCCUGUUUUGGAACUUCUAUCGGAAGGCGUACAACAAGGAGGAAAAGAAAAUGGACUGAUGGCGGAGGGGGAGGAGUAAUUACCGAAUAAAGUUGUUUUCUGUUA